AUGAAUGCUAGUUACAAUAAUAAUACCCCAGUUUUUGUCAUAGCUCCUUAUUAUGAAUCAUACACAAUUGAUUUAUUUAAUUCUAAAGAUGUCUUAGAAAACACUAGCUUUAGUAAUGUCAAUUCAACAAACUAAAAUUUGACCUUUUAAAUCACUCCUUUUAUAGAAACUUCAUAGGAACCUAUAGAGUAAGAAAAAAAGAAUUUAUUUAUCAUAGGUCACCUUUUUGUCCAGUUGAUGAAUGGGGACCCUUAUAUUAACCUGCUCGUUUCUACCUUAGUUAAACAGCAAUAGAGCUUCUAUUUUAUAAUUAAACAGAUGAUAAAAUAGUCUAAGUUUAAAACAAAUUAUAUAGAGAUUUAUUUGAUUUGAAUGAAAAUUUUAAAAAUAUUUCAUGCUAUUCCAUAUUUUAACUUAGAAAGAAUAAUUAAUUUGGAGUAGAUUGCGAUAUUAAUAAAAAUGCUACCAUACUUAUUUUUGAUUUAGUGUUUGAUGAAUAAACAUUGAUUAUAAUCAAUUUUACAUACAAUAACUACUAUUAAUAUAUUUAUGAGGAUGAAGAAAAUGAGAAUUUUCUUAAGAAAUGUUAAUAUAGAAAAACAAUCAAUGCAAAUAUUCUGGAUGUUGCUAAUGAGAUAAAAUUUGAAUAUCUCUAAUACUGUCCAAGUCUAUUUAAUCAAAAGGCAAUCACAAAUGAAUUUUUAAUAAUUUAUCAUGAAAGAUUCAAUAGACACAAUUAAAUUUUGGAAUUACAAGCCUUCAAAGCCAAUAUUUAAGAUUUAAAUUCUUGUAAGAUGGAAUAGAAUACUAUGAUUGAAUAGAUAUUUAUAAACUCAUUGAUAAAUGGGUUUGAUAAUUCUACUUGGAAUAUUGGGUUUUUGUUUCAGUCAUCUCCUACAAUAUGUAAAUGUAAUGUAUAGGAAAUAUAUACAUCACAUUACAAUAUAAAAUGCAAUAGUACUCUUAUUGAGCGUAAUGAUUAUGAUAUUUUAUAGUUUAUUAGCCAAAUUAAAUUAGAUUAGUAUAAAAUCUCAAUGAUGAGGUAGUUUUGGUAACUGGAACUAAUAUUGCUAUCCUUGUUAUCUAUUUGGAAAGAUCAUAUCAAUCUGAAAACUUCUUUACUAUUAGUUAUAAGCAAAUAUUUGAACCUGGUUACUUAUUAGUUGAUAUGUCCAUUACUAGUUAAUAUUUAGCUGUGAUAAUGACUGAUUCACCAUUUGUUCAAUAAAUGUCCCCUUUCUAUUCUAAACCAAAUUUAUAUUGUUCUAAGUAAGCAUCUGGAGAAACCAAAAAUAUAUUGAAAAUAUUUUACUUAAAUGCUGAAUACAAAACUGUUUAUUAUUAAACAAAUAGUUUCAAUUAAUUUUAGAGUUUCUUUUAAAGUUUAAAUUAAAUAGAUUUUGGAAAUUUCAUAUUAUUAUAUAACUUUUUUGAUAAGAAACUCAAUAUAAUUACAUUAUUUGAGAAGUACAAUUAUUAUUUAAUAUUUAGAUAGAUGAAUGUAUCCUAUUUAUUGGGAUAAGAUAAUUUACUUUAAACAUACAAUCAAUAAAUAGCACCAAUUAUAGUAAUUAAAUUAUUUAUAAUUUAGAUUUCAUUUACUAUUUCAGGUGGAUACUUUGUAUAUGAUUAAUUCUAAGACACCUAUAAUUAUAAUAUUGUGACUUUUCCUAGAUAUAUCAUAUUAUGUUUUAUCAAAUUAGAAGAUAGUAGUUUUCAAUUGAUUGCUCAAGUACAUAAGCUUGAAUAGAAGGAGUAAAAUAGUUUAGAAUAAUGUCCUAUAAGCAAGGAUAUAUUGGUAUUCUAAGAGAUCAUUAAUUCUAUUGAUUUAUUUGAAGGAGUAAAUGUUUCAUUUAGAUUAUAUAGAUAAUGGGUCCAUUUUUAAAUUUCAAUUAUGUCCCCAAUUACAAUAUAAGUAGAUUCUAUCCUUAUUAUUAAAAUCAUAAAGCAGUUAUUAAAUAAAAUUAGUUUUAUGAUAAACAUAAUUAACCAAGAUCAGUUUUUAAUGUAUUAAGUGCAGUAAAUAAAAAUAUAUUUGUUACUUCAAAUAUUUUUGGCAUUGUUGAAAUCUUAUUGACUUAUUAAAAUAAUAAUUAAUCUAUAGAAAAAUUAGAAACUAGUUAAUCAAUCAUAUUCAAUAAAACAUGUAUAAUAAAUGCAAGAGAAUAUGUAAAUAAAUAUCUUAUUUAUUUUAGUAAAGUUUUGAAAAGUAAUUUCCAAUUAAUAUUGAAAUAUAAUAAUGUACAGAAGUGAGAUAUAGGGAUCUACAUAAAUACUUAUAACAAGUUGAUUAUUAUAAAUAAUUUGAAUAUUAUGACAUAGCAGUCUAAUAUAACAAUUCAAUGUAAUAAUUAAAUUAUUAUUAAAAUUAGUAUUGUUAUAUGUUAAAAGAUAGAGACAUUAAGUGGACGUGAAAGAUGUCAGAAUAUUACAGAUAUGCAAAAAUAAAAUGAAUUAAUACUCUAAAUUGUUAUUCUUUAAGGACCAAUAAAAAAUGAGAGAGUUUCUUACUUUUUUACAAUUCUUUAUAAUAAUACUUAAAAAAAAUUAUACUUUUAUGUUUUAGAUGUUUUUGUAAGUCAUAAUUAUAAUAUUUUAGUUACCUAGUUAAUUUAAUCCAGAUAUCACAUACCAUAAUUGUAGUUGUUACAAUACUUUAGAAACUACUAAUACUAUUAUUUCUUUUAGAUACACAUACAUUAAUUAAUAAACUUUAUUUGUUUUAUUUUCUAGUUCCUAAAUUGUUGUAUAUACUCCUGGUCCCAGUAAAUAAACAAAGGAUGAUAAAUUAUAUAAUUUUACUUCUACAUUAACAAAUGUUGUACUUAACAUUACACAAUGUUAGAAUAACAAUUUGUUAGGAUUUGAAAUAACUAAAUAUUUCUAAUCAAAAUUAGCAAAACAAUAUUUAAUAGUUUGGUGUUAGGAAAAUUAGAAUGGCAAUUUUACACCAUAUAUCUUAUAAUACAUAAUUACUAAUAUUAAUUAAAUUAAUUUUUGGAGAAGACUUCCACAUUAUGAUACUAUUUUAAGUUCUAAAACUAAGAUUUUAAUAUCUGGUUUAAUAUUAUAUGUUCCAGUAAUUACAAAAAGUGUUUAUAAUGAUUAUUUUUAAAAUUAUUAUAUUUACAAUUUGGAAGAUUAUACUGCUAGAUCUUUGGUUGAGAAAAUAGAAAUUGAGAAAAAGAAGAAUGAAUUAAUUGUAUAAUUAUUAUCAAAAUAAUAUUAGAUUACAUAUCCAAUAAGCAAUUUAAUGGAUUCAUUAAUAGCAGGAUCUUCUAUAAGUUUGACACUAAUCAUAACAGAGAAGAAAUUCGAAAUUUAUUAUUUAAAUUAAAAAGCAGAAUUUAUAUUUCAUCUCCAAUAAUAAUUUAUUCCUGUUUAUAAUAAUUCACCUUUUGUAUUAGUAAUUGGUGUAUUUUAACCUUAAAAGACUAAAACUAUGUUUAGGUAUUAAAUAAAUUAAUUAUAUAAGAAAUUAUACAUUGAUAUACAAUUUCACUAGUACUUAGAUUUCCUUUGCAUAUGAUUCUUCAGAAACAUAUAAAGUAGAAAUUAAUAAAGGUUAGUAUAUUGAAGCUGGAGGAUUCUAUUAAUACUUAUUUUUAGUUAAUGUAUAUAAUACAACAAUUAUUUUAAUAGUAAUCCAUCUUUAAUGGUCCAAUUGCAUCAUAUAAUCAUUCUUCAAAUUAAGUAAAUUUAUCAAUAAUUCCAUCUCCAUAUUUAUAAAUGAAUAAAUAUCUAGGAAGUUACAUGAAUGAAGUAUCAUAAUUUGGAGAGAUAACAUAAAUUAUAGAUGUAGGAGAUGAAAUAUAUACAAGUUUGUUUAAUCAAUAGAUUAAAAAUAGUAAUAUUUAUAUUCUAAUAAUUUAGUUAGUAAUUAUAAUGAAUUAAUAAUUGUAUUAACUGAUUACUAUGUAUUGUUUUAUUAAAAAAAUUCUAUUCCAGAUGAAAAUAGAUCAUGUAUUUACUUUGAUUACACAUAAAAUUAAUAAACAACCAACUCAUCAUUUUGUUCAAUAAGAUUGAUAUACUAUCAUUAAUUCAAACCAUUUAAUUCAUUUUUAUUUUGUUAAAUGUAAUUGAAUGGAGUGAAUGUAUUAAUUAUUGUAUGCUAAUUGAAAUACUUUCAUAAAUUAAAUGGUAAUCUCUCCUUUUAGGAUAAAGAGAAUAUUUAAUAAUAUAUUUACUUAGAGUAUUCUUAUACAAAAUUAACUAAUAAUAUAUCAAUUACAACAUAUGUAAUGAAUAAUCGUUAAUUUUGUUUUUGCUAUUUCAAUGAUUUAUAACCAUUUCUUUAUAAUAAUUAGGUAUAUUAGAUGAUUAAGAUUGGAUAUUAACAAUUGAAUUCUUAUUUUGGAAUAUAUCAAAUAAUUAUUACAGAAAAUCAAACUAUAUAAUUUAUUCAGUAUAAUUCUUAUCCAAACUAAAAUAAUUCAUAACCAUUUUAAUAUUCUGAAGAUUUUGCAUUGUCUAUUAUUGAAUAUUAAUAAAUUUUAUUCUUAUACUUAAUUGUCUUAUAGCCAAAUAAUAUAUUUGUAUAAGUUAUUAAUUUGACUACUGGCUUUCCUGCUUAUGGGCCUGGAAAAAACCUAAUAUUCUAAGAAGAUGAAGAUUAUGUAAGAUUUGAAAAAGCUGUCUUCAUUUAGGCUAUCAAUCAUUUUCAACCUCAUAUUGUCAAUGAAUCCCAAAUGGAUUAGACUUUGUCAGUAGGUAACAAUAAUCAAAUUUAUGAAAUUACUUUUAAUGUUAUAACAUUCCAAGCCAAAUUACAAUAUACUUUCUAUUAAUAUUUGUUAUGUCAUCAUAAUUUUCUAUCUCGACCACAAAUUGAGCUAUCAUAUUAAAAUGAUACAGUAUUUUAUAUAGUAAGCUAAUGUUUAUCGAAUUAAUUUGAAUAUCAAUCUGUUUAGGUUGAGAUGACUUAUUUACUCAAUGAAUUAAAUACUAAUAUAGUUUAUACAUCGCUUUUCAUUAGUAUGAUUUAGAAUGAUAAUAUUUAGGAAACUAUAGUCGUAAUUAUUCUAGGCCAGUAGAAAUCUUGGAACCUUAUUUGGUAAACCCAUAAGAAUUGCAUUUCCAAAAAAUUUAAUUAUAUUAAUCUGAUGCAUAAGAAAAUACAUCUAAGUCACAUCUUUUAAUUACCAAUAGUACAUAUUUUUUAAUUGAUCUAAUACUAUAUGCUGAGAAUGGUUAUUAUUUAUAUUAUCCAAUGUAAUCAGCAAAUGAUGAUAGAGUAUAUAAAUUAUAUUAAUUUAGGAUCAUUCUGUAUAUUUGAAUAUUACUGCAUAUAAUUCCUAUUCUAGUUGUUAAGCAUAAUUUGAAAUAGGAUGGAUUUAAUAAGAUAGUUAAAUCAAUAAUGUAGCAUGGUUUUAUGUUACAUUAUCAAUAUUAUUGCUAGCAAUUUUGAUAGUGAUUAUUGUAGUUAUUUAUGGUUUCUGUUAAAAAUAGAGUUAAAUUGGUAAAAAGGAUUAAAAUCUACCUUUAGAAAGGAUUGGAGAUGAUGAAAGUGAAUAUGGAGUAGAAUUAUAAGGAGCUGGUUAUAAUUAAUUGAUGUUAGGUGAUGUAUUCAAAGAUCUAUUAAGAGAUAACAAAUCAAAAAAAUAGACAAUAUCAUAUACUGAUGAAUUGUUAGAUUGA